ACCGGAAGCGGAAGUAUUAGAAUUCAGCAGCUGUCAAGCUACGUUUGCUUUUUGAGUAUUCCGCAUACGGUAGUUUAUUUACUGUAUUGCGUCGUCUUUUCACCGUCUACGAAAUCUUGUUGAGGGCCUCUGAGAAAAUGUUAUUUUCCGGGGUGGCUUCAUGGACAUUGCUCGCGGCUGCGGCGGUGUUCGCGCUGCUUCUGGAUGCUGCGGUCAUUGCUGAUGCGAAGAACUUUGAAGACGUUCGCUGCAAGUGCAUCUGCCCGCCUUACAGAAACAUCACUGGCAAUAUCUACAACAGAAAUGUCUCCCAAAAGGACUGCAACUGUCUCCAUGUGGUGGAUCCCAUGCCGGUACCUGGCCACGAUGUGGAAGCGUACUGCCUGCUGUGCGAGUGCAAGUACGAGGAGCGGAGUAGCAAUACUAUCAAAGUGACGAUUAUCAUCUACCUGUCUGUUGUUGGCGCGCUGCUGCUCUACAUGCUCUUCCUCCUAUUGGUCGAUCCCCUCAUCCGCAAGCAUGAUGCUUACACCCAGCCUCUGCACAACGAGGAAGAUUCUGAGGAGAUGCGUCCACGGCUGGACAGCAGCCAGGCCAGAGGAAAUACAGUGCUGGAGCGGGUUGAAGGGGCGCAGCAGCGCUGGAAGAAGCAGGUCCAGGAACAGCGCAAGACUGUUUUCGACCGCCAUAAGUUGCUUAGUUAAAGACAAUCCAGAUUCGGGGUUUAAAACAGGUAUAUAUUCCUGUCAUCAGCUGCAAUUCCAUUAUUGUUCUUCCCUCUCAUCAUUCCAUUGCGCGGCAUUCCAUGGCUUGACCCAAAAAUUCUGUUAGUAUCACAUGGAUGAUCAUAAUUAAAGAUAUUAUGGAUAGUGAAGCGCAAAUAGGCGGCGUUCUGCUAAUGCCCUUUGGAUUGCAGUCACUAACUGCUAAAUAUCAACACAAGCAUUUUAGCAGUUCGCUAUCUAAAUUUGACUUCCUGAACUUUUUUAUGUAAUAGUUUUAAUGUAUGUCCUUGCAAGGAAUUUGUGACACGUUUCUAAGUUGUGCACAUACUGUAUACUUUGUACUCUUAUGGUUCUGUUUUACUCUUUUCUCUUUGGGUUGAUCAAGGAAGUCCAGACUAAAUUUGAGCACUCAAUGUACUCCAUUUGCAGUUGUUUACAAUAAUAACGUGUAAAUUAUUAAGACCAUCAGUAGGAUUCAGUGAUUGUUUGGGUGCAUGUAGGUUAACUUUAUUGUAUUUAAACCCACUGUAGUACCUGAUGUGGCACCCACAGAUUUAUCUUCCACAAUUUUAUUUGUCAUGAUUGUUUUAUACUUAUGACAAAAUAAUUUGAAUGUUCUUGCUACUGAUCUGUAUUUAUAUUUAAUUGUACAUUUGCCAUGAUGCAAAAUAAGAAAACACUGGUUGCACAUUUUGGGCGUUUGUAUGCUUUUCUUACAAUUUUACAAUUUGUUUUUUUUGUACAGAAUAUUCACACUUGAAGGUGACAAAAGACGCUCACAUUCUGUCUUGCCAAAUAAUUAUGCCUUGUGAAAAUUAAAUUCUAAAUUUGAACCUCAGUUGACAUUACACAUUUUCAAAAGUUUACAUUUUCUCCCUAAGCCAAUUUAGAAUACAUUUUAAAGGGGAAGUUCAGGGGAUGUUAGCGUGGGUUUAAUUAGUCAGUGGAGUUGGUUGCAACAAAUUCCGUGCAGGUAGUUGUUUAUUAGUUUAAGGGCUCCGGAGUGACUGAGCUAGCACGAGUCAAUGGGCCGUCCCAGCAUGACAAUGAAAAACAACAUCUGCACGGAUUAAAAUCACCGAUGACCUAUGCAAUCAAUAGUGUUGGCUAUGUUUUCAGGAUGAAGUUAUCAAAAUUUACCAUUGCAUGUCAAUAAAUGUAUGAACAACAUUUGGAAUCCAGCGGCUCUCUGUAGGUAACAGGCUGUAGAGCGGAGUGAUAUUUUUUCCACUGGUGUGUUUAUGUCGUAGCCAGCAGCAAGUAUUCACAGUUUGUAUUGUUCCUCGUUCUUAAUAGGGAAUUUCUGGAAACUCUCAUUUGCCCAUUUCUUCUGUCUAUUUCCACAGCCUCUAAAUCAGGGGAAGCAAACUCCGGUUCUCGAGGGCCCCUAUCCAGCUUGUUUUCCAUGUCUCCCUCCUAC